GUUGAGUUGCAACAUUUUACGUGACUAGUAUUUCUCAGAGGUGCAGUAAGUAAUCAGGAAAAUGGCAUCAGCUAUAACGGAAGACGUCCGAGCAAACAAUGAUCGAAGGUACCGAUAAGUUGCGUUUAUUUAUGAAUCUGUAAAAUAAAGAUUUUCUUUCUACAACCUCUUUGUUUACAUUUUGUAGUGUGGUUGCAUCAUCAGUGGAGCUCGAGAGAUCAAGGUGCUGGUUUCAGAGAAGAUGUUCAUGGCGACCAACCUCUAAAAGUUUGCUGGAAGCUGCAGAAGCGAGAAUUUGGAAAUGUAAGUUUUCGAGGUUUUGAUUCGCUCAUAAGCAAUAGUUAUCCAAAACUAACCAGAUAUAGUAAAAUGUUAGCAGUGCUCCUUGUCAGUUCCCGGCGAGGGGUUCAUCAAAUUGUCCAACAGUAAUCAGGUUCAGGCUCAACAGUGCCUGUGAUGAAGGCGAUGAUUAUCUAUCUUGAGUUUCGGGUUUUAUGGAAAAACUCAUGAGGAUGGCAUUAGAGGGUGACAUUCUUCAAAUUUUCUCCUGGUCAAUGGGCCAAUGCGUCUUCUCGAUCGUGCAAAAAAAUAAAAUAAAAUAAAAUAAAAUAAAAACAGGAACAAAACGCAACAAAAUAAAACAAAAAAAAAACUGAAAUGUAGCAAAAGGUGAGGUGAGAUCAGCCCCAUUGACCAGGUUCAUUUGAGGAGAUCUUUGGAGCGAUGUGCUCAUCAUUUUAGAUGUCAACACCAUUUGACAAGGUUGAUCAAAUUAAUGAAUAAAUAUUUCGCACAACAGCGAUUUUUGAUUGACAACAGUAACCAAAAUAUAUUUAUCAUGAUCUAUACACUAUAUUUAUUUGGUAAUGAAAAAAUAAAUUGCUAUAGCCUCAAGUCAUCUAAGUUAACAUUAUUUAACCAUAUGAUUUUGUAUCCAUACAGUUGUCAAGUCUCGUUAUGAGGGCAAGCAUGUGCCAGUGGAAAACAAUGAAAGGAUAUGGACCUUAAAGUUUAAUCCUAAUGCAACUAAAGUACCACUGGUGAUGAUUCACGGCUUUGGAGGAGGUGCUGGCCUGUGGGCACUGAACAUUGAUGCCUUAGCAAAACAUAGGACAGUGUAUGCAAUUGAUCUGUUAGGAUUUGGCCGCAGCUCACGACCACAGCUGAGUGGAGACCCGCAAGAAGCUGAAGAACAAUUUGUUACGUCUAUUGAACAAUGGCGGCAGGAAAUUGGGUUGGAAAAGUUUGUUCUCCUUGGGCACAGCUUUGGUGGCUUUCUGGCAAGUUCAUAUACAUUAAAACAUCCUUCCAGAGUUCAGCAUCUUAUCUUAGCAGACUCUUGGGGCUUUUCAGAGAAACCAGCAGAAUUACAGUACAAUAUUCCAACAUGGGUGAAGGUUGUGGCAACUCUUAUCCGCCCAUUUAAUCCGCUGGCAGGACUGCGAGCUGCAGGCCCGUGGGGUAAGUUUGAAAAAUUUAACCCUUUUAUUCGCACAAUCUCAUUAAUAAUUUUUUUUACCGUCUGCCAUACAAUUCUUAUGAUGCUAGUUCAGAGAAAUUGGUAUUAGAUCAACUAAUAAUCUCCUGAUUCAUAUUUUUUUUAUUCUCAUCACUUGUUUGCUGGAUAUUUUAAAGAGAAAUUCUCUCUUGGUCACUCAUGGGAGUUGAAGGGUAAAUUUUUUCUUAUUGGUUACACAUUUUAUUAUUACAAAAAAAUAAUGGAAAGUGGGGGGAGGGUUGGGAGUGGGGAAAAGUUCAUCAUUCAUAUACCUCCUGUAGGGUUUUUUUCAGUUUCAAUCCCUCCAAUUCAGAACUUUAAUUUAGCUUCUUUCUACCCUUAAAACUUUAUGGUAUGAUUUUUAGCAACCCAUCUCAAUUAGGAAUUUCUUUUAUAUUAAAAUCAAUUUAAUUGAAAUGCUCUUGUCAGCAGAGGUCCCUUAAAAUAACUGAUUGCUUAAAAUUGAUUCUGAAAGUUACGAUAAUGUAAUGGGUUUGAAUUGUUUGAAAUGUCAUAGGUGGAAGUAGGAGUUUAUUUGAUUAUAACAUGGUCUGACCAUAAUAAAAAUAAAUGAUGCUACACAUAAAAAAUAGAUUUAAAGUGAUAUGCAAGUUUUUUUGUCUUGUAGGACCAUCACUGGUGCAGAAAUUUAGGCCUGACCUUCAAGGGAAAUUUGCUAGUCUUCUAGAAGAUGACACCAUUUUCAACUACAUUUACCACUGCAAUGCUCAGAAACCAAGGUAAAUAAAAGAAUGGAAUAAUCAAUUAUGAAAUGUAGCAAAUGCCCUUCUCUUCCAUUGAGCCCACUUCUCUAAUGAGCCCCUCCCCCCUAUAAACUUUCCUAUCAAAUUAGCCCCUCUCUCUAACCACCCUUCCCUUAAAUACACCCUCCUCUCAAGUGCACCUCUCCAAAAAGUCUCCCUCUCCAAAAAUCCCCUUUUUCUAAAUAGUGCUCCAUUAGGAAUGUCCUGAAAUAAAUAAGCUCCACAGGCCCAGAGAGGUUUACAAGUGUCUUAACAAAUGAUAGUAAAAUAAAUAAAUAAUGGGAUUUAGCAGAGGACAUUCCAUGAGGUGGCUCUUCUUGUCCAUUGUUUCCAGGUCAAAUUAGAAUUUAUAAUGCUGGUUUUUGUUUCUUUUUCAGUAUGAGGAAAUAAGUUUGUAAAAGUUGUCUCAGACAACAGGGCUGAUUUUUAUCUAAGUUAAUAUUGUUUAAUUCUUUUCUUUUUUUGUGUUUCAGCGGUGAAACAGCUUUCAAGAAGAUGUCAGAGUUGUAUGGCUGGGCAAAAUUCCCCAUGAUUCACAGAAUUGGUGAAUUGGACAAAAACAUUCCAAUGACAAUGAUCCAUGGCUCAGAGUCUUGGAUUGAUUGUUCACCCAGCUAUCAAAUUAAAAAUAGUCGCAGUGGUUAUGUUGAUGUACAAGUGAUUGUUGAUGCUGGACACCAUGUUUAUGCAGAUCAGCCAGAGGCAUUUAACGUGGCUGUAAAUAAAAUUUGUCGCAAAGAGGACAAACUACUUUAUGUGACCAUUGACUGAACUAAAACUCGUAGCUUUUAAGCAUGUAAAGAAAUAGGGACAUUAUUGAGGUAUCAGUUUAUAUAUCUUUACUGAUUGAACAAUAAUCAAGUCAUUUCUAUUUCAAGCUGAUUUGAUCAGUGUUGAAUUUUUUGUGUCUAAAAACAUAACACUAAGGUAAGCUUAGAAACAUAUCUAUUGAUCUUAUUUUGACAUUCGUUCAUUCCAAUCUACUGGCUGGAAAAUCAUUGGAUAUUCUGAGGGGAAUGAGGGUUUAAAAAACCAAACAUUUAAAACUAAUGCAACAAUCAAUUUGGCUGGGGUGGGUAAUUUGAACUGGAAGUGUCAAGUCUCUCUAGUGAGAAUACAAGUGUUUUAUUGUAAAUAUGGUGGAAUUUAAAGGUAAAGAGCUGAAUUCUUCAAAUGUUCCAAUGACUAGUGGGGCUGCCACAGAAAGGAGAUGUUAAAGCUUUGAAGUGAUUGAUGCUUAAGCAGCUAACAAAAUGAUGGAAUCUCCAAA